CUCUCAAGUAGCAGCAGCCAGAAAGAGGGUACUGGGUGUGGACGUGAAGAGCUAAGAACUUCAAACCAACACUCAACAGCUCACACUACCAGAGAUGUGGAAGUCUGUAGUGGGGCAUGAUGUAUCUGUUUCCAUGGAGGCCCAGGGUGAUGACUGGGACACAGACCCUGACUUUGUGAAUGACAUCUCAGAGAAGGAGCAACGAUGGGGAGCCAAGACCAUUGAAGGUUCUGGACAUACAGAGCACAUCAACAUCCAUCAGUUGAGAAGCAAAGUAUCAGAGGAGCAUGAUGUUCUCAAGAAGAAAGAGAUGGAAUCUGGGCCCAAAGCAUCUCAUGGUUAUGGAGGUCGGUUUGGAGUGGAAAAAGACAGAAUGGAUAAGAGUGCUGUGGGCCACGAGUAUGUUGCUGAGGUGGAGAAACAUUCUUCUCAAACUGAUGCUGCCAAAGGCUUUGGGGGCAAAUAUGGAGUUGAGAGGGACAGAGCAGACAAGUCAGCAGUGGGCUUUGAUUAUAAGGGAGAAGUGGAGAAACACACAUCUCAAAAAGAUUACUCUCGUGGCUUUGGUGGCCGAUAUGGAGUGGAGAAGGAUAAACGAGACAAGGUAGCUCUGGGAUAUGACUACAAGGGAGAGACAGAGAAACAUGAGUCUCAGAGAGAUUAUGCCAAAGGCUUUGGUGGCCAGUAUGGAAUCCAGAAAGACCGAGUGGAUAAGAGCGCUGUGGGCUUCAGUGAAAUGGAGGCUCCAACCACGGCUUAUAAGAAGACGACUCCCGUAGAGGCUGCUUCCAGUGGUGCCCGGGGAUUAAAGGCAAAAUUUGAGUCCAUGGCUGAGGAGAAAAGGAAGCGAGAAGAAGAGGAGAAGGUCCAGCAGAUGGCCAGGCAGCAACAGGAGCGGAAGGCAGUGGUGAAGAUGAGCCGCGAGGACCAGCAGUUGGAGAUGCAGUUGGAAAAGCCGGUGGCAUCUUCCCCAUUGCCCAAGAAAAUCUCCUCAGAGAUCUGGCCCCCAGCUGACAGUCAUCCACUGCGGGAACCUGAGCCUGUCAGAACCAGUAGAGAAUGCCCAGUGCCGCCUCUGCCCAUCAGGCAGAAUCCCCCAGAGGAUACAGAACAGCCCCCAGCCCUGCCUCCCAGGACACCUGAAGUCUUCCAGCUGGAGGAAGAGCCAGUGUAUGAAUCAGCGCCAGAGCCAGAGCCAGAGCCUGAGAAUGACUAUGAGGACGUGGAGGAGAUACAGAGGCUGAAGCCAGAUGAUGAAGCAGAGGGGGACUAUGAGGAUGUGCUGGAGCUUGAUAACCCCUCUUUCCCCUCUGCCCAGGCAGGAUCACCAGGCAGCCCAGCUGGGGCUGGUCCCAGUGGGACCUCAGCUGUGGCCCUGUAUGACUACCAAGGAGAGGGAAGUGAUGAGCUUUCCUUCGAUCCGGAUGACAUCAUCACUGACAUUGAGAUGGUGGACGAGGGCUGGUGGCGGGGACGUUGCCAUGGCCACUUUGGACUCUUCCCUGCAAAUUAUGUCAAGCUUCUCUAGUGACUGGCCCUCACUGUCUACAACAGCAACUGCUCCUGGACAGGAUGUGAAAGUAGCUCGGUUACCACCCCUUCCCAUUCCUCCUGCUAACAGGAUGUCAUCUCAAGGAUCCCCACAGGCUUCCUUCUCCCCAUUUUGUUGAGGGCUUCAGAUGGAGACAGCAUGAGGAAGAGAGUCUCCUUCCCCUCUGUGUCUUCUCUACACAAGAUGUUUAUCUUGUGGUCUUGCCAAUUUCCCUAAGAAUCUUUCCUCCAACACCCAAGUCUCUUUUCUUCCCUUGUGAGCUCUGGAUUGUAAGCGUGCUUACCUGGGAAGGUAGGUCUAGAUUGCCUGGCUUGCCUACUUGUGCUUUGUCCAUUUUCUUCCCUGUAGAGAUAUCUUUGAAUUCUAUUCAGUCCUAAAAUUAGAAAUAAAGUGGAAGUAUGGUUCA